AUGACGAGUAAUGAUCGACACUCGACCUUUGAUUCCCCCCAACGAACUGGUCGUCACGUUCCUCUUCACAAUGGCCGAAACGGAAUACUGACAGGCGUCGCUACUGCCUCAGACUCUCGUGCUGACAUCACUUCUCCAUACACCGACGAGGGAGGUCGCGGCUCGCCCAUCCGUAAUGGAACCCAAAGUCCCAUCGCCCGGGGCUAUUCACCUGGAAUGCGCUCACAGUCAGCACAGCGAGGUGAUGGUUUUGAAGUUCAGAGUCCUGGCGACGUUCCCAUGCAGCCUUUCCAAGAUGGCCUUCCUCCCCCGCCUCCCGUUCGCUAUUCAUGGGAACGCAUUGACUCAUGGGCCGAGGAGAAUUAUACCGAGCUGUGGGACCAACUGGGCGAAGGCGCCACGACCAACGACCUCAACGAUCUAGAGCAUCAACUCGAUUGCUCCCUGCCACAAGACGUUCGUGAGUCGCUCAUGGUUCACGACGGCCAGGAACGAGGAGGAAACCCUACCGGAAUUAUCUUUGGUUCUAUGUUGAUGGACUGUGAGGAAAUCGUACAAGAGUGGGAUCAAUGGAGACGGGUCAACCAUCAGUAUCUGUUGGACAACUCACCUCCGAAGCCGACGACCCCGUCCAAAGCAUUUGGCGGCAACAGUGAGGCUUCUUCAUCAAAGCAGCAACCGCCACGGCCCUCGUCUUCGUCUUCUGCGGGUGACGGCGAAUGGAGACAGAGCCUCCUCGCCCGCCAAGGCUCCGUCCCCGCCAACUCGGUUCAAAAGGCGUAUGCGCACAGCGGCUGGAUUCCCCUUGUUCGGGACUGGGGUGGCAACAACUUGGCUGUCGACCUGGCGCCUGGACCCAAUGGCCGCUGGGGGCAAAUUAUUCUGUUUGGACGAGACUAUGAUACCAAAUAUGUUGUGGCACGGUCCUGGGCCGCUUUCCUCGCCCUGGUUGCCGAUGACCUGAACAGUGGCAAGUGGUUCGUAGAUGACGAGACUGGUGAGUUGAAGUUGAGGGAGUUCAAGGAUGCACGAGUCGAGCCGGCCUAUUUCAAUAUCCUGAGGUGGCGAAUGGAUCAAAAACACGGACGGCGACCCGGCCCCAAUAAGCGCCAGUCGGUAGCCGCCGGAAAGGCUACUUCCCCUCUUGGAUCACGCUCUGCCUCUCCGUAUGGUAGCCCUGUUGAGCCCAAUGGCGAUGCUCGGGGUAGAUCUUUGCAACGGUUGAGCGGUUCGUCACCCCUGGCAAGUCCCAUGAGAGCGGGAGGAUACGGCAGAAAUCCCUUGAGUAGAGUGACGGAGGAAUCUGCCAUUCCCGAGGUGCCAAGCGCCGAAAUCGAGCCCAGCCAACUGGUAGAGGUAGAGACUCCACGAGAGAGUGAAGAGGGAAAGAAUGGUCUGCGCAUAACAAUGAUGACCCGAGCCGACUCGGAUGAACUCAGGGACAAGGAGAAUGAGCAUCCGGCAAAGAUGAAUCGCAAAGCGCCGGCAAUCGUGGACGACGCAAUGAAGACGAUUGAGAUUUGA